GAAUAUUAAGAGGCAGUCCUUUACUGUAGGACUUCAAUCCAGGAAAUACAUUGCAUUUUUAAGUAUCGCUGUCACAAACACGAAAAUGGCACCCAACAGGAAUAACAACCUAGCUACCGCAUGUUUCAUUUUACCCAGAUAUUUCAUAAAUUAAAAUAUUAUGCGUUUCGGAUCUAAAAAUAUCAGGUUUUUUGAAGCUCAUUAUAAAUGACACUUGAGAUGUAUAUUUAUUGUGUGGUUUAGGCGUGCAUGUGAAAGUGUGAGCUGCGAAUUAAUCCUCAGGCAUGGCGAGAGGGACGCGCUGGUCCUCGGGUGUGGAGUGCAGCGAGGCGGGUGCAGAGGGGCUCGGGAUGCGGGAGUUCAGGAUCUAUGUGUGGCUGCGCAGAGCCGCUGUGCUCGCUGCGCACAUCAUCUCACUGGGUCUGGUCCUCCUCGCAUCCGUACUGUCCAGACCAGGAACAAGUGAGUCCCUGCGCUUCUGAACAUCAGCGCUUUCAUUUACAACAAGUGCUGUGGCAGUGCCACGGUGUAGUGAUGCUAUCAGACGGUAAUGUCAUAGAAAUUCGAGGUCUCUUCUCAUGGCAUCCUGUCUGCAUGUCACUUGGGUUUUGCCUGUGCAUGACAGAAGGGAUCCUGCUUUUCUCUGCCGAGUGCAGCCCGUUCUGCUUCAAAUCCCGUAAGUGGAAGGUCCGUCUGCACUGGUUCUUCCAGGCUGUGCUGCUGGUGUGUGGAGCUACAGGAUUUGGCUUCAUGGUGGCCAGCAAGAACAUAAAGGAGCAUCCUCACUUCACUUCCUGGCACAGCCUGCUGGGAGUCACUACGAUGGCUGCUACCGUGCUGCAGGCGAUCUGUGGCGUCUUUCUCCUCUUCCCCAAACUCAUCAGCACUCGCUCGUUUCCUCGGUUGAGACUGUAUCAUGCCACCUGUGGUCUGUUGGCCUACCUGCUGGCCACCGUCACGGUCAUGUCAGCCAUGUUUACAGACUGGUUUCAAGCAUCGGUGACAGGCACAGUCUGGUAUGUAUUCCUACUCCUCCCACUUUUUCCUGCCUUAGUGGUGAUGAACCAAAUCACUAGUGCCUUCCUGCCAAAAAAGAAGAUUACUAUCUGAAAACUAAAGCCUCAAAUUAGAGCCUAUUUAUUUGGACUAUAGAGGGCUUAGAAGAAGCUCUACUCUGUGAUGACAUAAAAAACAACACAGUUUGAUAUUUUAAAUGAUGUGCACUCACUUAACAUUUUGUCUCUCCAAGUGACAUCAGUGGAUUUGCUAAGCUGCAAGAAUACUUUUUGUGCGCAAAGAAAACAAAAAUAACUUUAUUCAACGACUUUCUGAGUCUACAUAUCAGUUACAUUGCUGUCUAUACAGGGACAGAAAGCUCUUGGAUUACAUCAAAAAUAGCUUAAUUUGUAUUCCAAAGAUAAAUGAAUGUCUUACAGGUUUGUAACGACAUGAGGGUGUGUAAUUAAUGAAAGAAUUUUCAUUUUUGGGUGAACUAUCCCUUUAAGGUCAUUAGUGAAGUGUAUGUAGUCACUUUAAGGAAGUGAAUAUGCUGUUAAUGAUUACAUGAUCCAGCGAGUCCUUGUGAUUUAUUGUGAAACCUCAGGUAAUUUAUUUCAGAUUCUACCUGGGAUUUUAUUUUUCAGAUGCUCUUGUUCCCAAAGACUAUGCACUGAAAAAAAAUGGUUGCAUUUUGCAUAUUUUGAAUAGGGAGCAUUGCGGCACUCUGGGAAAACGAACAUUUGCAUUGCAAGAAUAUGAUUAUUGUAUUAUAGCAAGCUUGGAAAUGUUAUAUGCAUCGUCACGUUCUUCUCUUCUUUCAACACUGUCUGUGUGAGUUUUGCAUUAUUUUAGAGUGCUGUUGUUCUGUUUGUUAAUGUUGCAGUAUUUGAUUGUGUGCCUUCAUCCAUAUGACAGUCUGUACGAUACUGACAUAAACAACAUGACAUAAAAAUGAGUUCUUUUGAAAGGUUUUUUCUUUGUCUGCUCUAGGAAUGCAAGGAGUAAUUUGUCGUACCCCACAUUUAUUUUUAUUAUGGCUGAUAACCAGCUUGUGUGUGUGUGUGUGUAUUUUUACAGUGGUAAUUCAUCCAAAAAUUGCUAGAAGUUUACUCACCGUCAGGCCAUCCGAGAUGUAGAUGAGUUUGAUUCUUCAUCAGAACAGAUUUGGAGAAAUUUAGCAUUACAUCUCUUUCUCACCAAUGCAGUGAAUGGGUGCCGUCAGAAUGUGAGUCCUAACAGCUGAUAAAAUCAUCACAGUAAUCCACAAGAAACAAACUCAUCUACAUUGGAUUCAGUAAAUUUUAUUUUGAUAUUUUUAUAUUGUGCAUAUUGAGUCUGGACAGUAAAAUAAGCAAAUUAAUGUGCGCACCUGUUGCUUUAAAGCUUUAUUUGUGAAGCCAAAACAAGCAUAGUUCUUUGCAUUAUGUGGCACAUGAUAACUAGAAAUUAUUUGUUUGUGUCUCGUGUUUAUUUAUGCCUGUAUUAUUUUUGUACUGAAUACUGAACAGUCAACUGUUAUAAUGUUUAUGUGCAUUGGACUCUGACUGAAUUGUGAUGAACUGCAGUUUAAUUCAGAAUGUUUAAUGUAUUGAUUCAACAUCAAAAGUUUCUAUUGAGUGUACAGAUAUUUUUUUGUGUAACUGCACAGUGUGGUCAGAUUUUAAGAUUUAAAAGCUACACUCUUAUGAAUGUAAAAAACAAUGACUCAGGGUUGUCUACGAAUUACUGGCAUAUCAACUAAAAGCUAUAUAUAUUUUUGACUAUUUUACGCUAUAAACCUUACUGUAUGAGAAGUAUUUGAGGGUUGGUGUUGUCUUUCAUAUGAACAGUAAAUGAUUGUUUUUAAUCAAUGCUUUGUGAAUUUCUGUUAAAUAAAUUUAUAAUUUACAAAAA